UCUGAAUCCGAAAGGCGGGAUUUCUGACACUGGCGUUACGUAAUGGUUUCAACUGAUGGUAAAGCAACAAUCUUAAACUAUGUCAGGAAUUGCUUUGCAUCUGGAGAUGAUUCGGGAUUUUGCGAAAAAUUACUUAAAAAAGUUAAGGAUGUCACAGAUGAAGAAAUUGAAAAUAUUUUAAGUGGACAGUAUUUUAAUGAAGUUGUAAACACGGACUCCGAUGAUUUUUAUAGACACUCCCCAGAAUGUGCCUUUGUACCUUGUGAAGAUCCGUUAAGCGCGUUUUACUCCUCCAUUAAUAACUUUGAGAAUUCUCAGCAGUCAUCCUUUUCACUUAAAAGGAAUGCAUCUAAUAUUCGACAGCUUUCCGCUGAGGAAGUGGACGCGUAUUUCCCAUCAAAACCGAUAGUCCGCACAAACAAACCAGAUACAACAAUAAAAUCAGAAAAAUCUGGGUUGACUUUGGCACUAGAACAAGCUAAGCUGAGUGGACAUUUAAAAAGAAAUAAACUAUUCUCUGAUUUUGCUAUCUACGAUGCUCGGUCAACACUUGGUACAAAUCAGCAUGUUCCAGAUGGUCGCUUUCCCAAUGCAAACGUAGAUCCUUCUCUGCGCCAGUUCAAUGUUUGGCUCUGGAGGCUUAAUGGCUUCCCGCGCACGUCAAUUAAAGUUCAGCCUCGAGUGGGUACUACAGUGCAACAGUUUAUGGGGCUUACUUUAUGGCAGUAUUUUAAUGAGUUUUCAACAUCUGACAAUGAUUUGACACUUGUGCCAACUCAGUUAGAUGAUUUAGACGAAUCAUUUUUAAACCGGCUGGCUUUACACAUGUUUGAUACACUGGAUGGUGAAUGUGACGAUAAUGAAGAUGUAGAUUCAGAAUUUCCACCGCUUGAAUUGAAUGAUCCAAUUCAUAAAUAUGAAUUUAAGUCAUUUGCCCUGGUUGAACGAGUGGAAACACCAUUGGCAGAGGCAUCAAAGAAAGAAAUUUCGCAUGUGUUAGUCACAAUACAUAUGGCUCAAGGUAUGAGUGUACUCCGAUUCCCAUCGGAUACGUGUCUAAGUACAGUGUUAGAACGUGCUGUAUAUCGUCGUCGUCUACGCCAGCAUGGUGGUUAUGCUUAUCGAUUGGAACUUUGGCCACGGAACACAGACCAACAGAACAACAAUACAAAAAGCAAUAAUUUUCCAUUGAAUAAAAAUUCGCAGUUAGAUAUGAGUAAACCAUUGAGUUAUUUUAUUGCUGCUGGUUUGCCCUUACACUUUCUUCUUGUUCGUGAAAGCAGUAAGUGUCGAAUAUUUGGAUAAUGUCAAUCUUACUGCUUGGUAUUUUUUGAACAUAAUACUUCACUCGGUCAGUCCUAAAACAGAACACAAGUCAUAAGCAAACGACAUUAUACUCCAAAAAUUCCAACAAUAAAAGUCGGUGUGAUACAGCUCUUUCAGAUCAAAACGAUGAUAUUGAAGCAACAAAGUCAUCAGAAUCGAUGUUAGCGUUAGAUACAACAUUAGAACCAGUUCAUACAGCUUUACAUUUAAGACAAUAUCAGCGUCCCAAGUUAGUGCUUGCCUCGUGAUGAAAUUUGAUCAUUUCCUUAAUGUAUGUCCUAUCCACCAACUCCAUCACCUAUUCCUAAUUUCCUCUUCAGUUGGAAGCUGGUUUGUUCUCUCCCACAGAAAGCUAUUGCUGAUGGUAUCCGGCCAAUGGAUGUUUAGUAUCUUACGUAGACAACUAUUUAUAAAUACUUGUACUUUCUUGAUGAUGGUUCUAGUAGUUCUCCAAGUUUCAGCUCCAUACAGUAGAACUAACUGUCUUGAUGUUCGUAUUGAAGAUUGUGACUUUGAUAUUAGUUGACAGACAGUUGUUUUGAGUUGCAUAUAUUGUUCAAUUUUAGGAAUGCUAUUCUUGCUUUGCC